AUGGCUUGUUUAAAGGCGACUCCUACUAAGAUUAUCUGUACUUUAGGACCUAAAAGUGAUAGUGAAGAAACUAUUAAGGAGCUAGUUACUCAGGGGAUGGAUAUUGCGCGUGUAAACUUUAGUCAUGGUGAUUUGGACUAUCAUCAGCGUAUUUUUGCUAUCUUAAAUCGAAUUCGGAAUGACCCGCAGUAUGCUACUCUAGCCGUAGCCGUUGAUACAAAAGGUCCAGAGAUCAGAACGGGUAUGUUUGUGAGUGGAAAGGCUACUAUCCAGCAAGGCAGCUGCGUACGACUUAGUACAGAGACAAAGUAUCAGGAUUGUGGCACAGCUGAGGUUUUCUACAUUGACCAUCAGGGUAUCUUUAAGGACUUAGCAGCUAUGCCGGCAAAGAGUAUCUUUAUCGAUGAUGGGAAGCUAGAGCUAGUAAUUGAGUCAAUUAAUGCGGAGCAACAGGAAAUUGUAACUCGGGCGGCUAAUAGUUAUGAGAUAUCGUCACGUAAAGGAGUGAACAUUCCUGGGACUGAUAUUUCCUUGCCUAACCUGACUGACAAAGACCGACAGGACAUUCAGUUUGGGAUUGAUAAUGGCGCUGAUUUUAUCUUUGCCUCGUUUGUACGGACGAAGGAAUGUUUGGCUGAGAUUCGAGCACUGGCUAAUUCCGAUCAAAUCAAAAUUAUCGCCAAAAUAGAAAGUGAAGAAGGAAUUAAGAACUUAAAGGAGAUAGUCGAGGCUUCCGAUGGGAUUAUGAUUGCACGAGGUGAUCUAGGGAUAGAAGUGCCGUACAGCCGGCUUUUUGCCCUUCAGUGCAGUAUUUCCCAGCUCUGUCGGGAGUUAAACAAACCGUUCAUUGUAGCCACACAAAUGCUAGAAAGCACGACUCAAUCCCUUCGGCCAACUCGAGCGGAAAUCACCGAUGUUGGCUUUGCUACGGCUACAGGAGCAGCAUGUGUUAUGCUUAGUGGUGAAACAGCAGCCGGGAUUUGCCCGCCUAAUAGUGUCAAGAUCAUGAAAAACAUCCUAGUGGCCACUGCUGAAGAUCUCUUAAAGACCAACUCGACCAGUCCAAUCUUUCCCAUUCCAAAUAGUCAACCCGAAAUCACUAUGGUUAGUUCCAAUAAUCUUAAAUUCCUUCGGCACACCCAAUUGUUCUACGCUCAAGUUCCAGUCUACUCAUCUAAAGAAAGUCCGACAGCUACUCCCACUGUUCCACAGGGAUAUGCCCAACAACUUAAGCAAGACUCUGCUAACAAACCCCAGCUUUAG